AUGACCAGGUACGAUCGGUACGGCUUGUCGUCAGACCAGCAACAGAAACAGCGGGAAGCGCCCACCGCAGCAACGACAGAACAGUGUCAGAUCCGGGACGCAGUCGUCGUUGGAUGCACGGCGAUGACUGACGAGGAGUUGCUGCUGCUAGAGCGUGCUAACGCGGAACGGGAUGAGAUAUUCCUGCGCUAUGACCAGGGACGUAAGUGUGACAAUAUCGAUGCGUGGGAGGAUCCGUUGUUUGAGGUGUACACACAGGCCGAUCGGUACGGCUUUCUGCAUCCGGUCGCACCGAAACAGUCAAAGGAGACGGAGCAGCUACAGCACAAGAUCGAGAUGGAGCGUGUAAAGAAGUGGGUAAAGAUGAACAAAAACUGGACCAGCGCUGCCACGAAGGAAAAUCUUCGCCGCCGCGUCAUGAAAGGCAUCCCGGAUCGGAUGCGUUCCCCAAUCUGGCGCAAACUGCUCGAACUUGAUCGUCAGAUAAAAGAGAACAUGGGCAUGUACGAGCAGAUGCUGGAAUGUGCCCGUCGGCAUAGCCCGGACAUACGGCAAAUCGAUUUCGACGUGAACCGGCAGUUCCGGAACCACCUGUUCUAUCGCGAACGGUACAGUGUGAAGCAACAAAGUUUAUUUCGCGUACUGGCCGCGUACAGUAUGUACAAUACCGAAAUCGGCUACUGUCAGGGUAUGUCGACAGUAGCAGCGGUACUGCUGAUGUACUUCGACGAGGAAGAUACGUUCUGGGCGUUGGAUGUGCUGAUGACCCAUCCACGGUACGCUAUGCAUGGCCUGUACAUUGUGGGCUUCCCGAAGUUGAUGCGAUUUUUGGCGCAUCACGAUAAAAUCCUCACCAAGUGUUUGCCUAAGCUGAAGAAACACCUGGACAAGCACGAGGUACAUUCCGUACUGUAUUCACUGAAAUGGUUUUUUGUUAUCUUUAUCGAACGGAUACCUUUCAGUCUCUGUUUGCGUGUGUGGGAUAUUUAUAUGAUGUUUGGUGAACGUGUACUUACCGCAAUGGCUUACACUAUACUGAAAAUUCACAAAAACAAGAUUAUUCGAAUGAAAGACAUGGAUCAGGUGACGGAUUUCCUGCAGACAUCGUUACACAAACAGUUCGGCUAUGACGAUGACUCUGUGAUAAAGGUUCUUCAGAAUUCGAUGGAUGAGCUGAAGAAGCUAAAGCUGCUUAACAUGCCCCCAGCUUCCGCUAACGAGCUUCCCACCUUGCCACGGGGACAGACGGUUGAACCAUCGGCAAAGGCGAGGAUUGGUCACCGUAAUGAGCAGUUUUCGGAGCGAGAAAUAACACUGAAAGAAACGGUGCUGUAUCGCACGGAAUCGAAAAACGAAGAGGACGAACAGUACAAUAAUGGGGAGGUUGUAAGGGAUCGGACCGCAACGGCACCGGAGGAGGAGGAUGACGAACGCACGGAGAAAGAUUACGAUGAUAUUACGGAAGACACCGUGAGCCAACUGCAAACAGUAUCAGACAUGGAUGGUGGAAGCAUAACAAAGCAUUCGCUGACCGGAACAUCCGUAACCUCAACAAACGACAUCAGCCUAACGUCGUACGACCGUACCUGUGAUAUAUUCCGGUUGCAAACAUCGGGACAGCAGCAAAGUGGUCGCGAUCUGCCACCCGCCGGGACAGCAUCGGCCGUCCUGAUGCUUGACCAGUUAGCCGCCCAGCUGUCGGACGAGGAACUUUCCUCUUAUGGAGCAGCCGUCGAGCUGAUGUUGGACGAUGAUGAUGAUAAUGAAGUUGACCCCAAUCUAUCAGUGAAGAUGAUGGUCGAUAAAGAUGCGGGAGAUAAUACGUCCAACGGUCACGUCGAAGAGUUAGCGGAGGAGUUGGAACCAAUGUUACUCCAAUCUUUAGCUGAUCCGGCACAAAAUGGUCAAACAGACCCGCUGAUAUUGCAAUCGUCCGACCAGCAAACCAUUGACGAGGAAGAUGAAGACGAACUAACCGAAAAGCAGCUGUCUUUCUAA